CUUUUAGACUAUAAACUGAAAAUAUUAUAAUCCGAUAAAAACAUUGGGCGUGUUCGGCUGGCUACAAGCCGACACUGUUGCAGCUGUUUGGAUUGCUGCAGCUGCAAUCCAUAGAGAGAAAAAUACUGUAGAAGCCGCAGCCGCAGCCGGAUUGCAGCCGCAGCAAGCCGCAGCGAACAAGCUGAUUCCAAUCAGAUACGUCUCAUCCGUUGUGUCGUCUUUUUUUUCGGUGUCGCGAGCUCUUCCUCCUUCCGCUUCUCUUCGACAGAAAACUAGGGUUUUGCUCUUGGAAUCUCUCUCCCCGCUGCCGCCGCCGCCGGACAGUGCACCGACGAUACGACCUCCUCCUUCCUCCGAUCUGGCCUUUUUAAUCCGCGGAUCCCGUACAAGAUGCUUCCCCUCUCGCUCCUCAAGACCGCCCAGGGGCACCCAAUGCUCGUGGAGCUGAAGAAUGGUGAGACGUACAACGGGCAUCUGGUCAAUUGCGACACGUGGAUGAACAUCCACCUUAGGGAGGUUAUUUGCACCUCAAAGGAUGGUGACAAGUUUUGGAGGAUGCCAGAGUGUUACAUUCGUGGGAACACCAUUAAGUAUCUUCGAGUUCCUGAUGAGGUGAUUGACAAGGUUCAGGAGGAAACUUCCAAAAGCCGGUCAGAUAGGAAGCCACCAGGUGUUGGCCGCGGAAGAGGAAGGGGGGACGUUGGUGCUAAACCUGGAGGCAGAGGCAUCGGACGUGGCCAAGAUGAUGGAGGUAGAGGCAGUGGUGGCCGAGGAAGGGGUGGAGUUGGUGCCAAAGGUGGUAACAAAGGUGGGGGCCGUGGCCGUGGCUAAAUCUGGUGGACACAUGGGAGAAUGCCGCUUUUUAAGGCCUGUAAUUGUGUUGCAUAGAUUGCUUAGGACAUGAUGAAUGAACCGAGUUGGCUGGUCGGUUUGGGGGCAAAAACCAGAAUGGUUCCUGUCUUCUGGACAUUGAGGAAGCGGCGGCAGUCAGGCUUGUCGCUGUUCUCAAAAACGGUUUGGUUGAUAUCUUAUCCAAUCUGUUCAGACUGUUCGUUGUUCGUAGUUGUUCCCCCUAAAUUUUCCACUCUAUAUGCUAUUAUACACCCUCUCUUUCUUCC